UCAUCAUCAUCAUUUGUUUCAAUGGCCUAGAAGUGAAAUAUAAUUCCAGUACAUAAAAUUACACAAGGCUGAAAUGUAAAAAAAUCACUAUUACACUGUGCAUUUUCUAUGAGCGUGUAGGCGUGUAUACGUGCAUGUAUAAACCUCGUAGCUAGGUGGCGGUACGCUUAAAAAGACCAGACGUUGGUCACAAUGAACCCUCUCACUUUUCUGGCCACCAGUCUCUUUGACUAAUGUCGAAGUUGCAUGGCAGGUCUAGUUCAGUAAAAUAUUUACUCUUUUCCAACGUUUCUUAUUUUGUUUUCACAAUUUCAAAUAGGUUUGUUUAUAACUGAAGUAAAAUGUCAGGAGUACAUUAUUUAAUUUGAGAUGUUGAUGGUCACAGACAGUAGGCUAUUAACACAACAAUGAAGUUAUGAAGAUUCAAGUGUUUAUGACGUUCCCUUUUUUGCACUCAUGAGACACGUCACUGUUGCUGGUAAACUUUGGUAUUGUGUGUCACAGUUUUUCAAGACGCUGUUGAACUUUGUUACAAUGAGACGACUUUUAUCGAAACUGAUAAACCGAGCGUUGCUGACUGAACCCUUUGCACCAAUAAUGGACAUUGGAGCAGGAGUCCACACGAAUGCUCUUCGGAGGCUGAUUGUGGGACUGGGCAACCCUGGAAUGAACGGUUCGCGCCACAGUGUGGGCAUGGCUGUGCUGGAAGCACUUGCUGCCCGGCUGAGGUUAGCUGAAAGCUGGCAUGGCGAUAGGCACGUUUCCGGUGAGGUCAUCGUAUCUGACAUCCAGGACACCCAAAUUGUGCUUCUCCGACCACGACUACUGAUGAACAUAAACGGUGUAUCCGUGGCCAAAGCAGCGGUCAAAUACAGCAUCAAGCCUGAGCACAUCCUCCUGGUUCAUGACGACUUGGACAAGCCCCUUGGGAAGCUUGCUAUGAAACAAGGAGGGAGCGCCAGGGGUCACAAUGGUGUGCGGUCCUGUGUUGAGUGUCUGCAGACAGAUGUGAUGCCCAGACUCCGUGUUGGGAUUGGCAGACCAUCGGGUGGAACAUUAGUGAACCGGCAUGUUCUGGGGCGCUUCUCUCAGGAGGAGCAGAAGAUUCUCAGCGGGGUUCUAGAGCAGAGUGUGGACAUUCUCCUCUCCCAGCUCACUGACGAGGAUGUACAGUCCCCACUGUUGCCACCAGGAGGCAGACCGGCAUUACAGACUGGGAAACGGAGGGUUUGCUCAAUUUCUCCAGAAAAGGACACAACCUGCCAGACAUGAGACUGACAAGAGACUUUGUCAGAGCCAGUGAAGCUAUGACGGCACUCUGGGAUAGUAGCUUUGCUGCUGCUGCUAAAACAAAGCUGCCUCUUACAGAAACAUGAAAGUGUGAACAUGUUUUUAUUUAUUGGGACUUUAUUUAUUAUCUGGUUUGGGAUGUAUGUGAAAUGAAUACAAAGUAAGCACACUGCAUUUCAAAGACCAAAAGUGUAGAUAUGCAUAAGAUAAUCAUUGCAUAUCUCCUAGAAUAGUAUGCAUUCUUUGUUUUUUUGGCCUAAUCUACAAUUAUGUAAAAGGUCCAAGGAGUGACCAAGACAUGAUAUUAGAAUGAUUAAACAAUAAAACCAUCAUACCAA